AUGCUCUCACUGACUCUUCCAAAACAAUCACUUUCAGCUACGGUGAACGAAAUUCUCGACGAUACCCAGGAUACUACGUGUCGUGUGGUUGAUAUUCAACCUCGUAUCUGUGGCAUCGAGUUUCGCGAGGAAUUCAAGACCCUCGAGCCGCGAAUCCUUCCAAGUCAGGCACUCAUCAGGCAGCGCAGUGCCCAGAGAGCACAACAGCCGUGGACUAUGCAGAAUCAGGAUAUUGUCACCCUGGUCCAGGCUAUCGGCGACUGGAUUGAAUUCCCAUCUUCUUCACUGCUUAUACUAGAGACAACUUGCGGCAAACAAAUUGCCGCUGAGCUGGUCGGGAGCGUGCUGCAACCGAUAGCCGAAGCAGUCUGCUGGAGCCUCUCAGCCGCCGCUUGCAGGGAUGAGGACGUGACCGUGGCCAGCAUCCUGAGCAGCCUGGCCUGGCAGCUCUACAAAUUUGGACCCGUCAAGGCAGCAAGGUUUCUGGAUGGCAAAAUGAAUAACACAAAUGAGGCCCAAAUGGCGGAGCUGAUGCGUCUCAUGCUAUCGCAGUUUAGAAAUCGCUACAUCAUCGUCGAAGCGGACGACAUCGCUAAGGUCAGAAAGGAUACCAGCCAGUUAGACAAGCUCAGAUCCGCUCUGCAGACCCUUGCCGAACAGGUCUCAAGCGAGGACUGUAGAAUCAAAAUCCUCCUAGCUGGAUAUGGGAUGUCAAAGCCUGCCAAAAGCCUGACUACACGAGCGCCCGCAUGCUCCAGACGGGUCAUAUCACUGCGACCACCUGUUCCUAUCCCUAGCCUCAUAUAUCAGAAAGGAUUGAUCGGAUUAUUCGUGUUCUUCACCGUGCUCAACACGAUCACUGUUGGCCUGCGCGUGCUGGUACGCACUAAGCUUACGAAAGGAGCAUUUGGCUGGGAUGAUGUUGCCCUUGUCUUCACAUACGUGGGAAUGGUUCUUUUCGUUGGGCUGUCGUUACAAUCACUACACUAUGGAAAGUACGCUGCCGACGCAAAGCCGUGGCAUGACGAGACGAAAGCCGAUAUGUACUAUUUUGCAAUGUGUGUCGUCUGUUUCAUAAUAUCUGGGACUGUUAAGAUCAGUGUCGCCCUCGUUCUCUAUCGCCUUGAUAACCGUCCUUUCAUGCGCUCUGCCAUCAUUCUCGAUAUUGUCACAUGCAGUAUUUGGACUGUUUCCACUACGCUUUUGGUUUCCCUAGCUUGUAUGAAACGGAGCCCAUAUUACGGUAUUGUUGACAAAACAACGUGUUAUAACACCACCUACUCUCGAGAGUUUCUUCAGGUUAUCUAUGACGUCUUUCAUGUCAUAUUACCUAUCCUGAUCCUAUGGAACGUCCAAAUCAGCAGAACUGUGAAAUGUAGUGUCGUUGGUUUGUUCAGUGUUGAGCUUCUUGCCGCCGGCGCCGCUGCAAUAAAACUCAGGAACUCUGACAAUGGCUUCCAUUCUCACGGAAAUGUCGACUACGUUGCUCGUGGGUAUCAGGCCAUGAUAUGGUCUAUUGUGGAACACGGGCUGUCCACUUUCGCUAGUUCCGUGCUCGCCCUCCGCCCGCUGCUGAAAUUCAAGACGUACAUCAAGAAAAUCGAACUGGUCUGA